CUGACUACGGCUUAGAAUUUUCAACUACUUAACCAUGCCCAGUUUGCUGCCUCUUGCGUUCUGCCAGUGUACCAUCUAUCACCCAAUCUUUCCAACCUUUGUUGAUACUUCUUUUGUCCACAUAUACCCACUUUUUCUGUGCCUAUAUUCUUUUUUACUGUACUAUACCCGUGAUAAAUAUCUGUGAUAAACUGGCGCCCACCAGCUUUCUUCAAGAACGACCCGGAUUUUUGGCACACCCACUCAUGGCCUCCGAAAUUCAACCUACCAGCAUGGCCUCAACAGUCCGUGAUUUGUCCACACCACGAGCUGAUCCAGCCCCGGAGGCUGCAUCGGCUGUGACGCCUUCUCCAGCAUUGAACGUAGCCGCAAAUACCCAACCGUCAGCCGGCCAAGUCGCUUUGGUCGUCCCCGCUCCAAUUGCCGAGGAGGCCGACUUGCCCGAUGCUCCCUCUCACCCAAUUUCAAGUGAAAAUGAAACCCCGCUGAUCGAUAGUGACACCGUUCCACCCCUCGCCAUGAGCGAAAUUGGCACUGAUGACAGUUAUCAGCGUGAUCUCGCGGGUCAAUUGCCCAGCGCGGUGUUUGUUCUACCCUUCCCGGCUCCUGUCAACGCGCGUCGUGCUAAGAACACGCCUCCGUUCUUGAUGUACUCACCCCCCAGGUCUGUCUACCAAAGGCCGGCUAAGCCCGAGAAUGCUAGACGACCGAAGGAGAAAGUGGUGAAGAAAGUUGUGCGAAAGUGGCAAGAGGAAGUCGUUAUGGGGGAGAAAAUCAAACGUGGAGAAUUAGAAAACCCCAGUCGGUUCAAGAAAGUACGAGGAGGCUGUAUCCGGGUGGCUUCGACUAUCAACAAAUGGCUUCCUAACAGCUGCAUAGAGACGCUGGGACGUCUCCCCCCUAAGCGCAAAUUAGGUUCAGUCAUCAUUAUCCACCCCUCAUUUAAUCAGGCUGUGGAGGUGAUAGAAGAAGUGGAUCAGGAUAGGCCCUACCAGCCUACACCGGAUGAACUGCUCAAUGAUAUUGGCGUUUUGCUUCGAAAAACACGCAAGCGUGUGUUAACCCGAGCGAUUAUCUCUGGUAUGCUGCUACCAAUCAGCGCCGGAAUUGACGUGUUUGCACCCGUUUUUGCGUUGGAAAUCAACCUGACUUACUUUGCUUUUCAAAUCUACGGCCUUAAGAAAUGCGAUGUAUUGACUGUGUCACCGCAGAAGAAGCCAAGCAAACCUAGGAAGCGAAUCAGGAAGACCAGGCAAAGCAUUUCGGAGGAGACCACGCUUUUGGCCGACAAUUCCUCCGCUUUGGUAGCUCGCGACGGGGCGGAACCCAGCACACCUGAAGAGAUCUUUCAACUGAACCCGGUCCCUCAGCAUGAGCUUGAUUCAGUAAUGGUGUUACUAUAUAACAUCUGUUCCAAAAUUGAUCCCGUCAGUUUCCCUCCUUUGGUGUCAGCCGAAGUUGGAACCGACACUCCGAACAGUCCACCAUUAUCUCAAACAUCCACACUUCCACCCAGUCUUAAGAAGCCGGGAGGCGCGGUAGUCAAAGAAAUGAUUCAAGCUUUCCGCGACACUCUCCCUCCGGAGGUGACUGAACGUUAUCUACUCGACGAAGAAAGACUAUCGGAGGACCUGGCUCGUUAUUUGAAAAAGGCGAGUAAGGAAUACAUCGAUUCAUUGAGUGGCCGAGGUGACCGCAAAGGUCUCGUCCAUUGGUUAAAAACCAGGAAACAGAAAUCAGCCGUCAAGAAAGUGGAAAAAGCGGAGAAGUCUCGUCUGAAAAAGCAGGCGAAGAAACAGAGGGAGGCUGACCAGCAAAUUGAAUUGAUCGCUUCUUGAGAACAACUUCGCUGUACUUUUCACUGCUUCUUCUGAUUUUUUUCGAUAAACUCUUUUGCUUGUAUCCUUGAUGUCUUUCUUCUUCUUUGUGACCGCGUCAGUUCAUCUUUCAUCUUAUGUAUAUACGUUUCUCUUACCACAUAGUCCUCUAGCAUUAUGCAAUCACAUCUCAGGGCGAACUUCAUACCAAAA